AUGAGGCUGUCUGCGGGGACCGUGCUCUGCCUCCUGCUCCUCACCUGCUGCUGCCAUCACAGGGGCCUGGGGGCCCGGAGCCACGGUUGUCUCUUUGAUCUGCGGCUUUGUUCUAAGGAGGAGGUCUGCGUACAGGAUGGUUUGUUCGGUCAGUGCCGUGAUCGGUCUGAAAGGGACGUGGGCCAGUUCCAGGUGACGCCGGGUACGCUGCAGCAGCUGCAGGCCGUACUACGGCGACUCACAGCAAAAGGGCUGUCGUGGAAGGAUGACGUAACGCAGCGUGUAAUGGCUCAUGAGAUGGGACGGAUCCCGCAGCAUAUCCUGGAGCACUUGAACCUUCUGGAUGAGGACAGUAAGCCAGAGGAAGCGGUCUUCUUUGCCCUUUCACCUGGGCGCUCUAUUCAGCGCCUUACGGGGGCAGGUCCACUGCAGAGAUGGAGCAGUCGUGCUGAUACCCUGCAGUACUUCAGACCUCGGGUUUCUUCAUCAGAUUCUCACCUGUCUCAAAGGCUUCCUGGGAACUUCAAGCAGAACAUUUCUCCUCUGUUGGAUCGUUUGACAUACUCCCUGCUGGCUUUACAGUCGGCCAAUCCUCAGCCAAGCUAUCAGGACUUGACCCGCGCAAGGAACCCAACUCACCAUGCUCACUUUGCUGCUACCCACACCCGGCCAGACGGAACCAGAAGACUUAUCUAUGGGAGGUAUGAAGGAGGACGGGACACCCCACCACUGCCCCUGCAAGUGCCCAGUGAUAUACAUCAGUCUUGGUCAGAACUAAGGAGGAAGCUUCCCCGCGGGAGCCUUGACAGCCUGGCAGAUGACGUAUCAGAAAGCUCUGAGAGGAUCGAGAGGAUGAGUCAGAUGAACCGCAUGCCAGACGGCGACCAGAACCAUCAGCCAGAAAGUCGAGAGGAAGGUGGACGGACAUUCAGAGGUUCGAUUGGAAUUCAGAACACAGCGGAGGCUCAAUCAGCGCCAGAGGUGUCCGGCGUAUUAGACGCGCAGAGCUUAGCCGGCGUCCUAGAGAAAUUCGGAGUCGACUUGAAGCAGCUCAGCGAAUCUCAGCUGGAGCAACUGUCAUACCUUCUCCAAAUGCUCCAGUUAGAUGCUCCCCAGAAUCAGGGAACAAGAGGUGGAGACAGAAGCCCACCGAAACGAAUCUCAGAAGGAGAUAUGCAGCAUUCUUCUGGAGCUCAGCCCCCCUUCCCACCUCCAGACAUUAUCCCAAGGGACAUCUCUCCAGCCCCUGUGGCCCUUAAUGCUGACCAACGGGAUGGGGAGCGUGUCAUGAGUGCCACCCCCGCCUCUAUUACCACCCACCUGGCACCUGACGCACAGACAUUGGGAGAACAACAAGCUCAUCUGCUGGCCGCCAUCAGAGACGAUUCCCAGAAGAGCCUGGAGAAGAAAAGUUACCAAGAAACUGGAGAAACCCCUGAUGGUUCGGAGAAGAAACCCCAAGAAGCUACUGAAGACUAUGGAUACAUCCUAACUGAUCAGAAUGUGGCUGGAUCUGCUGUGACAUUUCGGAUAAGAAAAAAUCGCCAAAACCUCACACUAACGGAUAUUACUGAUCAUGCAAUGGCUCUGAAGUCGGAUCUGCAAACUGCGACGGGCAUAAAGAUUGUCCAGACCGGCAUCGGACAGAGGAGCAAUGCCACCGGCACCACCUUCCCCCAUGCUUCUCACUUUGGGGACACUUUCCGAUUUGUUCUCCUCAUCUUCAUCGCACUGGCCUGCAUAGCUGGAAUCGUAAUCGCCUCUGCGGUGAUCUUCUGUUUACGACAACAUGCCAAGCAGCGGGAAAAAGAGCGACUUGCAGGGCUUGGGCCUGAAGGAGCCGGAGACUCCACCUUUGAGUAUCAGGACCUUUGCAGGCAGCACAUGGCUGGGAAAUCUCUCUUCAGUCGCACAGAGGGAACUGGGGCAGCGGCGGAGAACUCCCGUGUAAGCAGCGUGUCUUCCCAAUUUAGUGAUGUCCCACAACCAAGCCCCAGUUCCCACAGCAGUACCCCGUCCUGGUGUGAGGAGCCCGUACAGUCUAACAUGGACAUUUCUACCGGUCACAUGAUCCUGGCAUACAUGGAAGAUCAUAUGAGAAAUAGGGAUCGUCUGGCCAAGGAGUGGCAAGCCCUGGGUGCCUACCAGGCUGAGCCAAACGCUUGCUCUAUUGCCAAGAAUGAUACCAACCUGAAGAAGAAUAGGAAUCCAGACUUUGUACCUUACGACCACGCGCGUAUAAAGCUGAGGAGCGAUAACAACCCGUCCCGCAGCGAUUAUAUCAACGCCAGUCCCAUCAUUGAACACGACCCUCGUAUGCCAGCUUACAUCGCCACCCAGGGGCCCCUCUCUCACACCAUUGCUGAUUUCUGGCAGAUGGUUUGGGAGAACGGCUGCACAGUGAUAGUGAUGCUGAGCCCCCUGGUGGAGGACGGGGUUAAGCAGUGCGAUCGCUAUUGGCCUGAUGAAGGAUCCUCUCUCUACCACAUCUACGAGGUGAAUCUUGUGUCUGAACAUAUCUGGUGUGAAGAUUUCCUGGUUCGCAGUUUUUACCUAAAGAAUGUCCAAACCCAAGAGACCCGAACUCUUACACAAUUCCACUUCCUGAGCUGGCCAGCAGAGGGCAUCCCCAGCAGCACUCGCCCAUUGCUGGACUUCCGCAGGAAGGUGAACAAAUCUUUCCGAGGACGAUCCUGCCCCAUUAUUGUGCACUGCAGUGAUGGAGCCGGGAGGACCGGGACCUACAUCCUCGUAGACAUGGUUCUGAGUCGCAUGGCUAAAGGAGUUAAGGAGAUCGAUAUUGCUGCCUCACUAGAACAUGUCCGGGACCAGAGGCCAGGGCUGGUGCGAACCAAGGAUCAGUUUGAAUUUGCCCUGACGGCUGUGGCCGAGGAGGUCAAUGCGAUUCUUAAGGCUCUGCCGCAAUGAGAACGUGGUGACCAAGGUUCCCCGCUCAAGGUUGUGACCUGGACCUGCCUUACGGAGAUGGCAGCUCGAUCCGUCCUCAAAUACCCGUUCGGUGUUCUCUCUGCUCAUCAUGCCAGGGAGCCAAGGCUGCCCUUCCAUGCCCCUACUGCCUAUCCAAGCUUUUAUCCCAGUACUGCCUGAUUUCUAGCCCAACAUUUGCUACCUCGUCCCCCAUGCUUCACCCCUGAGCUGCUAGUACCUCAUUAUCAUGUAGUCACGUCUGUUCACGUUUCCCAGCAGCAAACUGGUUCUUAGUCUCCUAAGUUCUCUGGGGUGAAAUCCCCAAAAUAACACUUAUAGCAAGGGUCUUACAUCUGGAAUACAAUGUUCUAGAGACCUGAAUACUCCCUGUUUUAUAUCCCUUUAUCCAUGAUCUUAUCACAAGUGCACCUUUAAAAAAAAAAAAAAAAGAAAGAAGAUAUUUCUAUAUAUUCCACGUGGGGUUCAGUCUAUAUCUAGGAUAUCGCUAUCUGGUGGAAGCCUGCCGGUAAUUCCAGUGAAAGUUCCCAAACUGGUGAACAUCCCCGUAUAUAAAGCUGAAUGAAAAGUUCUGCAACUUUGUAAUAAACUUAAUGUUUCAAUUUCUCACCAUCUUGGCUUGCAGUCAGUGAAUAGGUACAUCAUUUGGAUUCAUAGCUUGAAAACCCAAGACCAGAUUCUUCUCACAGCUGCGGGUUUGCUAUAAUUGUAUCCAGUCUAGACAAUACAUCAGUGUCUCCUGUGCUGAUAGUUUGCUACAAUGUGUGCUGGUAAAAUGUAACAUGACAUGAUGAUGAUAAAGUUGGGGGCAUUUAACAACCCCUACAUCAGAAAGCUCUUUAAAAAGUAUCGAACCAUGGAUCUGCAACUUUUUAAAAUGUAAUUUGUACAAAAAUGGCGCUUUAACCCCACCCUUGCCACUUUCCAAAACAGUGGGCUUGAUGUGGGCAGGGCCAUCAUGCCAUGACGUUUUACAGGACUUUCCUGACAUAGCUGAUGACUGAAAUCUAUCCCAGCUACCAGCUGACAAAGAGUUCAUUCCAAGUGCACCCAAUGCCAGAGGAUGCACUUAAUGGCGGUGGUUGAGAUAUCAAGACCGGCGUACAAAACACUUAAUAGAUGACCCCCCAUUGUUGUUUGCAUCCCAUCCAGAGACUGAAAACCUGUACAGACCUGAUACUUCUCACAGCUGAGGUUUUGUUACAGUUGUACCCAGACUAGACAAUCCUAUGUGUGAAACAUUUUACCUGCAGUUACAUUGUAGCAGAUUAUCAGGGCAGGACAAAAGAGAUUACUGCUGCUGAUGCCAGGAUUAUCUAUAUUGAGUACAAAUGUAGCAAACCCUCAGCUGUGAGCAGGACCAAGCCUGUUCCACUUUUCAGGCUCUAGAUCUAAACAAUGCUUCAAUUCAUUGACAAGAAGCAGGCGUCUAGAAAAUGGUAAUACCUUGCGGGCUUUACAUGAGCUGCACUAAUCUCUCUCAUGUAUUAGGCCUGUAGAGUUUACCAAUAACCAGGACUAUUUAAGUUCACUGACAGCAAGCAAAGAUUUUGAAUUGAAACCAAAGGUUUUAAAGACGGGAAUCGUUGCCUGACCAUAGGUGUUGGUGUCUAGUAAGGGGGCAGGGUGAUGUGUGACGCCCCCGCCCCUCAUAUUCCGUCCUGUCCGAUCUUCUCUGUAUCUGAAUAUGCUGCAUUCUCCGCUGGGGAUUGGCAUGGGGGGAGGCACGAGACGAGGUAGCGCUUUCACUGCCCAGCCUUACACCCCCUUUAUGUUUUCUAGAUCAUAAGGCAUCGUACUUCAUCGCCAAAAAACAGAGAAUCAUUUCUAGAGAGAUAUAAUAGACUUUAAUUUUGUAUAUUGAUGUGAAUAAAGUAAUUG